ACUCGUAUACGUUCGUCGACUCUCGGAUGAAAGCAGGCCUCCCUUCCAACCGCGGAUCGUUAAAAUCUUUUACAAUUACAACAUUGUAACGAAGUUACAGUCCAUUACCGGCUCCCAACCGCAGGGAACGAGCUCUCCUGCAUUGGACGUUAAAUGGACUAUUUAUUAGCGUGAAAAUUACAAGUCGGCGGGUGCACCUACAACGGGACAAGGUUCGAAAAAUCGUUCCUUGUCGCGGCAAAGUAAUCACACCUAGAUUUUCCCGUGGAAUUUGGAAAUUUCUCCGAAAAGCGACCGUAAUUUCCAUCCCUACGUUAUUGCCGCGGAAAUUCUCUCCUCGGCGUUCCUCCUCUGCCCCGUGGAGAUGGCGGGGAAGGACGGGAAGGUGGAGCCCGGGGGAGUGGACGUGGUGCGACAAGGAUUCAUGGUGAAGAGGUCCCAAAAUAAGAAGCGGUUCACGCCGAUUAAUUACAAGCAACGCUGGUUCGUCCUGACGCGCCGCCACCUCGUCUACUACGAUGGCGACGGUGAGCGCCGCAAGGAGAGGGGCCGCAUAGCCAUCGAGAGCGUGCACGUGGUGGAGACGGCGACUCUCGGGGCCAGGGCCGGGGGCGGGGGCGGCGACGUGGCCGGGGGCGAGGCGGGGACCGGGGGAGGGGGUGGAAUACCCCCGGGCCUCCCCUUCCAGGUGGGGUACCGCGAGGCCGGCCAGGAGUACACCCUCUACCUCCUGGCCCCCCGCGAACAGGACCGCGCCGAGUGGAUCCGCGCCAUCAGGGCUGUGUGCAGCGAGAACCCCGGGCUGAGCGGACGAUACCACGCGGGCCUCUGGAGCGGAAAACGGUGGUCCUGCUGCAGGCUGUCGACCCGCUCGGCGGAGGGCUGCGACACCUGCAGCUCCUGGGCUUCAAAGCCGGCCAACUCCUCCAACUCGGCGUGCUCCGUUCCCGCCGUCGCCGCGGCUGCGACUGCGGCUGCGACUGCGACCGCGACCGCGGCCGAGCGGCCGCUUCCCGCACCUGCCGAGGCCAACAAUAAUCCCGUCGUCCAGCCCCAGGCCCGCUCGACUAUCGGCACCCCGUCCACGCCAAUAAUGCCAGGCGGUGCCCCUGGGACACCAUCUUCCAAGGCCAAGGACAAACUGAUGAUGAGGACAAAAGUGGUCGUGGCUCUCUACCCUUUCCGAGCCAUCGAGGGAGGGGAUUUAUCUCUUGAAAAGGGCGCGGAAUACGAAGUGUUGGAUGACUCCCAGGAGCACUGGUGGAAAGUCAAGGACGAGCACGGAUCGAUCGGAUACAUUCCUAGUAAUUACGUAAAGGAGAAGGAGCUUUUAGGUCUUCAAAAGUAUGAAUGGUACGUGGGGGACAUGUCGCGCCAGCGAGCCGAGUCGUUGCUUAAGCAGGAGGACAAAGAAGGUUGCUUUGUCGUGCGCAAUUCUUCGACGAAGGGACUCUACACGCUUUCCCUCUACACAAAAGUACCGCACCCCCACGUGAAGCACUACCACAUCAAGCAGAAUACCAGAGGGGAGUUUUACCUCUCGGAGAAGCAUUGCUGCGGUUCCAUUCCCGAUCUUGUGAAUUAUCACAGGCACAACAGCGGGGGAUUAGCCAGCCGAUUGAAAACCAGCCCUUGCGACCGCCCGGUACCACCCACCGCAGGACUGAGCCACGACAAAUGGGAGAUUGACCCAGCGGAGCUUCACCUUCUGGAAGAGCUUGGCUCGGGGCAAUUUGGGGUCGUACGAAGAGGGAAGUGGCGAGGUUCCAUCGACGUGGCCGUCAAGAUGAUGAAGGAAGGCACGAUGUCGGAAGACGACUUCAUAGAGGAAGCUAAAGUGAUGACGAAACUACAGCAUCAAAACCUAGUCCAGCUCUAUGGCGUUUGCAGUAAGGAUAGGCCAAUAUACAUAGUGACGGAAUACAUGCGACAUGGAUCUCUCCUCAACUACCUCCGACGUCAUGAAGCGACUCUUGGCGCUAAUGUUGGUCUUCUGCUGGAUAUGUGCAUACAGGUCUGCAAAGGAAUGGCGUACUUGGAAAGGCACAAUUACAUUCACAGGGAUCUUGCGGCACGAAACUGCCUGGUUGGCUCCGAGAACGUGGUCAAAGUUGCAGACUUCGGUCUGGCUAGGUACGUGCUAGAUGACCAAUACACCAGCAGCGGAGGCACCAAAUUCCCGAUUAAGUGGGCACCACCGGAAGUUCUCAACUAUACUCGCUUUAGCUCGAAAUCCGACGUCUGGGCUUAUGGUGUUCUCAUGUGGGAAGUGUUCACCUGCGGGAGGAUGCCCUAUGGCCGUCUAAAGAACACCGAGGUGGUCGAGCGGGUUCAACGAGGAAUCAUUCUGGAGAAACCUAAGGCUUGUUUUAAGGAAGUGUACGAGGUAAUGAGAAAAUGCUGGGCCCACUGCCCGGAGGUGCGGCCAUCUUUCCGCGUGCUGAAGGAACAGCUGAUCAACGUGUCUCAGGGUCUGCUCAACGAUUGACUCAACCUUCUGCGUUGCAUGCGCCUUUCGUCGCCCUCGGGCCGGUCCAUCCUGGAGCCGAAGCGCCCAUCCUUGAGCCCCUCGCCCUCGAUCCUGCCCUCCUCGAACUCGUCCUACAACUCCGCCACCUUGCCGGCCUCCCACAAGAUCAGGGGCCCGGCUUCCCUGCCCUCCUCGGCCGACGCCCUCCAGCUCGUCUCCUCGUCUUCCUCCUCGUGCAAGCAACCGACCAAGAGGGAGGGCUCGUCCUCGCCGAGCACACCCGGCCACACCGCUAGUCAGCCCUCCUCGUCCUCGAGCUCCUCCACCGUCUGUGACAUUUGCAGUUCCUCCGGGCACCCGUGGAUCAAGAUCUGCAAGGCCGUCAGGGCUACCAAAGGCAAAUGAGUACGUCUAUUGAUUAACCUAUUAGCUGGACUUUGCUGCGCUCGGAGGGACCCCGACGCCUCGUGACGUCUGCUCCUCUUCUAGGACCUCUUCGGCUUCGAAAAAUGUCCUGACGGUGCCGGUACUCAAGGUGUUAAGGAUGAUUUCACGGGAACCGAACGAUUGUUGGUACUUUUUAUUAGCGUUAUCGAUCACUGUAUAGUACUCCCAGGACGCGUUUGACAACGAAUACACAGGUUUUAUGAAUUUUAAUUUUAUACCGUCUUCCUAGUUUCUCUCCCCGAAUUACGCGACAGGUACCAUAAUUAAGGACAAUUACAUCUCGAAUCAGUAAAUGAUUUCCCUUCGAGCGUAGCAACUCGGCAGAAAUUGUUGUUCCUCGCGAAACAUUUCAGUGCGUAGCGCAUGCAUUAAUUACUGUAAACUCGGUCCUUUUCGACCGAGGCACGCAAUAAUAGGUUAAACAAUAAAUCUAGAUUUUUGCCUUAUUACGGGCAGUGGCCCCUUGACAUUGUAAAUAUUAUUUAAGGCUAGCGUAAGGCAACGGCGACUGCGUUUGAUAACUUCGACGCAUCCGAACAACAAUCAGUUAUUAAACGAAAUAAUAAUCAAAUGCUUCUCUCUUUCGGAAUCUUGUUCCUGGACGAUUUGCUCGUAUUGAUCGUAGAACGUUCCACGAUGAUUAUAAACGGUUAAUUUUAUUUUCAUGGCGGUCCUUUAAUUUUUAAGUUCGAAGCAACGGAUUGUAAUUCAACAAAGAGAUAAUUCAUUUCUUUUUCAGAAUUGACUUAACUAGCCAAAAAAGACGACCGGCUAGUUCCUCGAUUAUUCUUCUUGCUUACACGAGCACAAACUUGUAAAUAUCACACGCUUAAUUUUUCACUGAUUUUGCAACUUCGUGUUCGGUGUGUUUGUUGUCUGGACGAUAGUGUCUUAAUUUCUAGUUCGUAUAACAUUACUGCCAGUUUGUUACUUAAAUGUUUACAAGGAAUACGAUACAACGAAGCUUCCUGGACGUUCAGACAAUGAAGGAACUAUUUGUUAACAAAGUUAUACGAUCAAUAACGUGCACUCGCUCAAAAACAUUAUUCGGGAGAGAUUAUGUUUGAACAAUGCGUGUGACUGGACAUUACUUGGCACGUAAUCAGCAAUAUUGUUUAUCGGACGUAGCACGUGCUUAACGUUGUCGCUGAGUCUGCAAACGGAUUCCCGUAUAAAUAUUAAAUCCAUUACUAAUUAUUUCAAUGACAACUAACUUAGAAUUACGCGACGUCAAUUCCCUCGAAACUAUGUGUGCUACAAUUACUAGGUACAUACAAAAUAGCCCAUUCCACAAAUGGAAGUAAGCAAAAAAAUUUGAUUCGAACGUAACGUCGAAGGAUUACAUUUUCUUCACCGCGUGAAAUUAUUAUUACAACAUCCACGUUUGGUUCUUAAAUUAAAUUCUUGCCAUGUAGAAUUUAUGCAUGCGUGGUGUAAAUAAGAAAUGUAAUGUACGACCGUAGAAUGAACAAGACAUACAUGUAUCACGUACAAGACGCAACUAUUGACUAAAUGCGUAUUUUAUACACGUAUGUAUCUGUGCAUUCGACUUAAAUGCGUGUUUUCUAUUAUGUAACAAUUGCUCAUUGUUAUGUGUAAUUCGUACGUUCGAGUUUCACAUCGGUUAACAUGUCACGGCUGUUGCGAACUGCAAUCGACAUAGCCAAAGACACUUAAUGCACUUGUCAUGCAAUCAGUAUGCACAACUUAAAGAUUUUAUAUUUAAAUGGAACAGCCCUUGCACUUUUUAGAACAUGAGAAAAUUUCCUUUUUCUUCCCCGCUUGCAGAUUCAACGACUCGAUUAAUGAGUGGUUACACGUUCGUAUUUGUAAUCGAUUGGAUGAAUUUAUAAUACGGACCCUGUGAAGACAAUAUAUGCGAGUCCUUACAGCAUAAGCUAGUCUUUACUUACUAAUGUAAGUGCGAACGACCGAAUGCACCGAGAGUGCUUCAUGAACUUUUCCAUAUCCAUCAGGUGUGCUUUGUUUGAAUGAUGGAUCAAGUCAGUGGUAUAUCACAGAUUUUCCGAUAAAAUUCCCCGAAACUCUGGGCCUGAUAAUGAAAAUUCGACAAGAGUUAAGUUAAUAUAUAUAUAUAUAUCAAUUGCAAUGUGAUUGUCAAUGGUGUUUCCACGCUGACUUGUAAAGUGUCCGAAUAUUCGGGUGAGGAGUACCCCGACUUUGGGUAAACCCUGUAAAGUAAUUAAACAGUGAUAUUUUCCCUAACUUAGAGCGUAUGAAGUGCGUUACUUAGCAUUUAACUUAACUCCGGGAGGCUAGCAGAAACUCCGAUAAAUUUGAAAGUUACUAAAAAAAGUAGCUAGCUAAAAUACUUCCGACAUCAUCCGCCAUCUUGGAAGUAUCGAGUGGUUGGAAUAGUGAAUUUAUUUUAUAUGUAUAAUUGAAUAUUUUUAGAUACAUUACCCGAGCGAUGUAUUCAGAUUAUUCAUUGAAGAGGACCGAUAAAAUUGCGCAGAAGACAGUGCUCCCCACAACGGUUUAGAAAAUGCAAUUUCCCGGUCUUCUAACAUUCGAGUUCUGUAAAAAGAAGAAGGAUAAAAAAUGGUAAUCGGUUUGUUUAAGGGUGGUGAAGAUUUACCCGUGGAAACGUUGCGAAGGGUGAUAAAUAAUAUUGAUUUCCUGAAACAGACAUCCAUUAUCGAAACGGAACGAGCACGUGCUUGCUCUAACCCACCCUCCGAAAGUAAAUCACACGUAACAAAUGUUCACAUUGUUCAUGUGCAUCCGCGAAUAUUUUAAGUGUGAGUGAUUAAUCGACAUGAACUUUUGUCAAGAAUUAAGAUCCGUUAAACGAAACCCGAUCGCUCGUUCAGACUGACUCGAGCAUUUACUACCUUUCUACAUUUCUUAAUGAUAGAAUUGUAUAAAUGUUGGAAGAAAAAAAGAAAAAAAAUCAUAUACCACGCUAGAAGAGUAAUCUUACGAGUAUAACGUAUGACUUAAACGUCUACAACAAUAGCCGGACACUUAAACUGUAACGUACACUCCCUACUCAUGUGUUAACAAAUGAUUUCGCUUAACGUUAAACAAAUUACGGCGAUGUAUCGGAUUAGUGUUUAAGGAUCGGUAAUGUAAGUCGCUUUGUAUAUAUUAGCGCAUUCACGUUUAGCAUAGAAGAUUGUCUCCCCGCGUGUGUGACUGUCGAAGUGAAUAUUGCAAUAAACUAAUUGCGUCAUUACGUACGAGCCUUAAAUAGCGAUACUAGAGAUUUUCCACAAAGAGUUAUGUGUACAUUGAUCGAUGGAACUCAACGAAAUAUCAUGAAUAUUUAAAUUCCAACUUUCGGUUAGUCAGAAUCUGUUUGACCUAAAACGUGUGUACUGUACAGCUCGUCGAGUUCCCCGCAGUUUUCUUCGCAUAUAAGUAUAUAAAAUUAAUCUUUCCAACGUUCUCAGAUGCAGAGAAAAAGGAGUCAUAGACACACCUGAACGUAAUAUUUUUUUAAGUACCGAUAUAUAUAACGAGAAGAAAUUAACGGCGUUACCCUCAUCCACAGAGAACGCAGAACUUCAUUGAGCUGGGAGUACAUGCAUACAUUGGGUAUACUUUAAAGGGUCAACAUGACCAUAAAACAUUUUCUUUACAACGAAAGAAAAAGUGGGAACAACUUCUUAGGCUGUUUCAUGCUAUCCGAUUUUUCUUACUAAAUUUCUUUUAUCAUUUCUUCUGUCAUAUCGUCUGGAAAACGAUUAUAGACAUUUUAAAGCUCUGAUAAGUGUAUGAGACUUCGUCCUCAUAAUUAAUUGUCAUUGAUCGACUAAUUUGUAAUUUUAAUCUAAUUUCAAACAACGUUCGUUCCCGCUUGAGAAUUCGAGAAGGCUCCGGAGGUUUUUCUGGACCUCGUUACCUCGAUCGAGUUUUCCGAAGAGAGAUUUAACCGUGACAAUAUUUUUAACGCGUCAUUUUGACGUAUGAGUGAAUCCCAUUCAGAUAGAACUUCCAUUUAGGGAUGCAUGACACUUCCAAAGCGUAAAACAUUAGGUCAUAAUUCGUUCUAACUCUAAGCGAUUCUCUAUGAGAAACGACCAAGCGAUGGUUUUGUACAUAGACUAAGCAACCAUCGCGAAACAUGCUAACGAAGUGUUCGAGGGAUUCUGUCGAAAGCUGUUAAAGUGGGAUCUAGUAAUCGACCUCAAAGUUAAAUAUCAUUGACGUAUUAGAAGAUGAAGUAAUGCUCUUAUCGUAACACGGUCUACCAAGAAUUCUGGGACAACUGACGACAGAAAGGCUUUUAGAAAAUAUUGUAAAUCCAUCCAAAUAUAUCAGAAAUCAUUGAAGUAGUUAAUGGAUAUAGGUACAUUUGUAGAAUAUCGUCUACCGAUCAUCAUCGAAGCGAUUCAAGGUCCUCGGAGACCUCUCCAGUGUAUAUUUCUGUACAAGUCAUUUUUGUAUAGACUCUUCGUGAUUAUAAAACCGACUCUGAGAAACUGGGACAGGGAUUCGUUAAGAUGUGUCAAGCUCCUUUGCAAUUACAAUAUUACAAGACGGUCCAAAGUUUGGACGUACACUUCUCUUUUCUACGUGAUCGAAAUUCACCUUGCGGGGCACGUUUCUAGACACUUUGUAGAUAAAUAGCAUUUUGAUUUCAUCUCGACGUAUCACCAUUAAGCACCGCGUGUAUUUUCCUCGACGAGAGGUGUACCGAACAAUUUAUACAGAAAUAAAGUCGAGCAUGUACUUUAAUACGAGACGCGUCGAUCGUUUCGACACUUGUCUCUCGUAGCGACUUAUAAAUAAAUUAAUAGAUAAUUGAAAAGACGGAGGUCCUGCGAGCCUUACUCGAUGUCCGAAGCACACGACUCUCUGAAGACUGCUUUUGACUAAAAGUGAUCUAUUUUACUAAAAUUCAAUUGCAGUCAAUAAUUUCCUCCUUGACCAACGUGAAGUCAAUUGGUGAUCGAUUGGAGUGGCUUUAAUUGAAAGCAGUUUUAAGAGCGCCAUUAGAAUAUCUUCGGGGUGUCCUGGGGAUGCGAAGACAUCCUUCGACAAAUCACUCAUUCGUAUCACCUUCUAGCACGACUCGACUAAAUAUCACAUGAUCACUUCCUACGUUCAUGACACGAUUAUUACAUAAUGUUAACAAAGAGAGAAUUGUAAUAACUGCUUGUACGUAAUAAAGUAAUUGGUAGAAUUUA